AUGAUUGGAUUGACGACUCAGAAUGGAACAAUUGAGGGGGUGAAGAAGAUUGUGACCACAUUGAAUGAAGCUGAAGUGCCGUCAGAAGAUGUUGUUGAGGUUGUAGUAAGUCCUCCGUUUGUGUUUCUUUCAAUGGUUAAAAGCUUAUUGCGCAAUGAUUUCUCUAUUGCUGCACAAAACUGUUGGGCGCGUAAAGGGGGGGCUUUUACUGGUGAGGUCAGUGUGGAGAUGCUGGUUAAUUUGGGUAUUCCUUGGGUUAUUCUAGGUCACUCUGAGAGAAGACUUCUGUUAAAUGAAUCAAAUGAGUUUGUUGGGGAUAAGACAGCUUAUGCUCUUUCUCAAGGGUUGAAAGUGAUAGCUUGUGUCGGCGAGACCCUCGAACAGAGAGAAUCAGGAUCCACAUUGGCUGUAGUUGCCGCACAAGCCAAAGCAAUUGCAGAGCGAGUGUCCAUCUGGUCCAAUAUUGUUUUAGCUUACGAACCUGUUUGGGCCAUUGGAACGGGGAAGGUUGCAACUCCAUCGCAAGCUCAGGAAGUUCAUUCUGAGCUGCGGAAAUGGCUUCACGACAAUAUAGGUGCAGAAGUUGCCACAUCUACUAGAAUUAUUUAUGGAGGAUCAGUAAAUGGAGCAAACUGCAAAGAACUGGCAGCACAGCCAGAUGUGGAUGGCUUUUUGGUUGGUGGAGCCUCUCUAAAGCCGGAGUUUAUUGAUAUUAUCAAGUCUGCGACAGUGAAGCAGAGUGCAUGA